GGCCACACACGAUCUCCUGCUCAGAAAGGGAAAGGAACCGCCGACUUCUCCAUUCCGAGCCCGGACCGACCCAAAGCUCCCGAACCCGCCUUCCCCGAGUCGGGUUCUGCUCGCCCCAGGCUCGGUUCUACCCCGCUGCUCCCCGUACACCCCGCUGCGGACGGACGGGCCUCGGUUCUGACUGGAUUGAUCGAGCUGCUCCGAGUUAAGGCUAAGCUAGGUAGCGUGCAGCUCCGGUCCGGGGGGGUUCUGGUGCUGCUCGGUGCUGGGCGGCGCUGCUCUCUGCUGGGGCUCGGCUCAAGGCGGAACUCUGCUCCCCGGUUCGGGGGUGAAGGUGCUGGUUCCCCCCCCCCGCGGCUCCGCUCGGAACCGAAGGCCCCAAGUCCCGCGUCGCUGCGCGCGCAGACGGUGUUCGCCCCGCAGUGACGUCACAGUGACAGCUUCCUUGGUGACACAGAGACUUCUCCCUGAGGAGCCAAGAAGCAGACGGCUCAUGACUUCUGACCAGGACACGAAAGUUGUAGCUGAACCACAGGUGCAGCAAGUACAAGAGGCAAAAGAGAACACGCAUUUGGAUUCCGCCAAGGUUUCAGACCUCAACCCCAAUGCGAAGGCAUGGGCCAACCACAUGUUUAGCCUGGACCCCAGCGGGACUGCUGACGCCACCGCCGCCCUGCAGCCAUGGAAGGACGGCUGCGAUAGUUCGGCCGACCCCGGCCCCGAAGGCUUUGAAGCCAGCGAGGACAAAGCUUACAAGGAGCCUCUGCUUGCUGACCCAGAUGAGCCUCCCCCAGUACCAGUGAUGCUGGCCGAGCCGGCCCCCGUGGCCUCCGUCACCCUGGAGUGCUCCGAGCCCGCCUACCCAGAAUACCCCGAGCCCGGGACGCCGGGGCGCACAGGCAGCGAUUCCCAGCCCGAUAACCCCCAGGAGGGCCUGAGGGAGCUCCUGAAGAAGACCCUGGAAUUCUGUUUGUCCCGGGAGAACCUGGCCAGUGACAUGUACCUCAUCUCCCAGAUGGACAGCGACCAAUAUGUGCCAAUUGUGACGGUGGCAAACCUGGACCUGGUCAAGAAGCUCAGCACUGACGUGGAGUUGAUAGUGGACAUUCUCCGAUCUUUGCCAUUGGUCCAGGUGGAUGAGAAGGGGGAGAAGGUGCGACCCAAUCAGAACCGCUGCAUCGUCAUCCUCAGAGAGGUUCCCGAGAGUACGCCCAUCGAGGAGGUGGAAGCGCUUUUUAAAGGGGACAAUUUACCCAAGUUCAUCAACUGUGAAUUCGCCUACAACGACAACUGGUUCAUCACCUUUGAAUCGGAAGCAGAUGCACAGCAGGCAUAUCAGUAUCUCCGCGAGGAAGUGAAGACUUUCCAAGGGAAGCCCAUUAAGGCGAGGAUAAAGGCAAAAGCAAUCGCCAUCAACACUUUUAUGCCAAAGAACGGUUACCGGCCGGUGGAGGUGAACCCGUACGCCCAGCAGCGCUUCACGUCCUACUACAUCCCCCCAGUUUACAGCCCCCAUCAGCAGUUCCCGCUGUACAGCCUGAUCACGCCGCAGGCCUGGUCCACCACGCACAGCUUCAUCGACCCCGCGCUGGUCGCUCCUUUUCACAACAACCAGUUCAUCAAUGGUUUUACCACGUCACACAGUUUCAAACCAGCAACGUCACCCCUCACCGUCAGACACUUCUCCCCCAGGAACAGGAAUCACAGUAAGCCUCACCUGAGGCCGAGCAUCCCCACGGCAGACCGCAGCGCCGGCCUCCUGGACAGCCCCGGCCUCUUUCCCAGCUUCCCCGGCGAGCGGAUCAACGGCGUUCGCAGCAGCCCGCCCACGCGGCUCCCCAGCAGCCAGCCCAGAACCAGGUUACCCUCCACCGCGGCCUUCCCUCGCCGAGACGCCGUGGGCACGGGGCGAGUCACGGAGCCCAGCACCCCGGACUACACCCUGGGAGUCGGGCGAGGAAGGAAAAAUGUUUCUGCUUCUAGGAAAAAGAGGGAUGAAAAGUUUACAAGAGCGACUCCUCAGUCGCCGCCGCCGCCGCCUCCCAAGCCGCCGUCUCCGAGCUUGGAGCUCGGCCCCUCCAGCUUCCCUCCGCUGCCCGGGGCGGCCGGCCAGCUCAAGACCGACAACGUGUUCGACAGCCGGUUGGCCAGCAGCGUCGUCGUGGGGGCCAUCAAAGAGCGGAACGUGGGUGCUGACGGCGGCGGAGGAGGACCGGUCUCCUCAGCGGGUCCCAAAGAGCCUCUCCGCUCGUCCUCCUCCCCGAUGCCCUCAGGCUUCCAGCCCUUGGCCAGCGUGACGCCCAGCGCCGCCUCCGCCCCGCUGACCCCGGCCUCUGGGACGCCACACAGCCCCGCCCCCCUCCCAGCACCGGAGGUGAAAGCGACCGAGGUGAAGCCCAAGGACGCGCCGGUGUCCGUGGAGCGGGUUCCCGGGACUCUGUCCACGGCCAGCAAGUCGGUGCAGGUCAACGGCGCCGCCACGGAGCUGAGGAAACCCUCCUACGCCGAGAUCUGCCAGCGGGCGAAGGAAGCCCCGCCGUCCCAGCAGCCCCCGCCCCCCAAGGAAGCCAAGCCAGCCGCCGCCGCCGAGGAGCGGAAGUGCGGCGACGCCGCCGCCCCGUCGGGGGAGGCCAAGGCCCGAGAGACGUACCACCCCCCCUCCAAACCCGGCCCUGCGGGGGGCAACCCGGGACGCCCCCUGAAGGAGGCCCGGCGGCCGGCGGGCCGGUGGACCUCGCCGCCCCCCCACCCAGGGAAAACCCCCAGCAAAGAUUCAAACCACACCCCGCCAAAGUCCCCGCAGUAAGGCCUCGCCGAGGCCUGCGCCCCCCCCACCCACCGCCCCCCCACUACACUCCACAGAUUUGAGGAAAGGAGAAUAAGUCAGGGCUACUCGACCUCCAUCCCAGAACCGCCGGCCACCAACGAGCAGAGGACGACUUCUUUUCCUGGAUCAGGGCUUGCAGACAAAAAGCACUUUACUGUGCAUGUAGAGCACCUUUCUUCUUUUUCUUUUUUAAAAUUCUAUUUAUUUGCUUCUUUUUACUUCCAGUUUUUCCUCUUUUCUCUUCUGCGUUACGUCGUUGUCGGCCGACACUGGGAUCGGUUCCUUCUGUCCAAACGUGUGUGAUUUAAGUUGUGCGAGAUGCAGCAAAGGAUGAUGGGAAAGGAUGCAUCACCCCGACUCCAUGGCGGCGGGUUUGUGCGUGUCGCGCGGCGCCGCUGGGCCACUUCCUGUAGCUAAACUGUGGCUCAGAUUCCUGCGUCUCUUCAGUCCGGAGGAUUUCCCCCCGGCGAUCGUCUUCUUCUCCGGUUCACGAGUUCGACUGCUGCCGGGAAUCCCGGCCGAGUUCGGGCCUCGGCGUCUCCUUCCUCAUCCUCUCAUCCCCUCACGCCGUUUCCACUAACAAUGCUAACAUCGAUCGUCUCAUGUGAAGUCUGCUUAUUUUUUUAGAGUCGGACAGAUUAGGAGUUGAUGCAUCUGUUGGAAAUUUACGGAAGUAGAUGCUUUUUUCUUUUCCUUCCUCCUCUCUUUCUAGUCAGGAACCCAAUCUUUUUUCAGCAAGUCGGCUCUUGAGUCUUCUUACUUCCUGUUGGACGCUACGACCAGCAGGGAGCUGCGGCAGGAGGGCGUCAUCAGAGGAGUGUCUCCUCCGGACGGAAACACUGGCCAACUACAACCCGGGGAGGAGGGAUCGAACACUAGCUGCAGUCCGGGGGCUCGGCGGACGCGUCGGUUUGCAGGCGAUGCACUUAUCCUGAAAAUCUGCUGAGAUGAAUUUGAACUCGUCGGGGAACAAACCGGACGCUUCGGCACGAGCGAGCGUUUCUCUGGUUCUCUCUCAGACAUGGUGCUAGACGUCGACUCCGGGAACCGACUCUGGUGAAGCUGCAGAAAUACUUGAUCCUCCUCCACUCACACGCUCACAUGCACUGGUGGUGUUUCUCCUCAAACUGGGAGGCCGGUUACC